UUAAAGAUGACUGGGAAGAGGUGAAUGUGAAAGGUAAACAAAGGAGUCCACUUGUUUCCCUGUUAAAGGUGUGUUCUGGGUAAUGAAUUGAAUCGUGGCCACACCUGCACCAGGAUCAAGAGGAUCAGCAUUUCAACACAUGCCUUCACACGCUGAGAAAGUGGCAGCACAUGACAGAAAACUCACUGGAAACAGGAUCAAGAAGAAGAAACUGGACUGAAGCUGAAUAUGGAUCCAGAUUCUGGUCCAGAUAAUCACAGAAACCCCUCCAACAGCUCAGACCAGCAGCAGCAACAGCAGAUCCAGGAUCUGGACCUGGACCCGGUGCUGGCUUGGGUCCCCAGUGGGAGGCGUCUGAUCUCGGGGCUGCUAGGGCUCAACGUGGUCCUGCUGGGGUCGGCUCUGGUAGCGGGGCAGGCGUUCAACCCGGAUGGCCUGAAGCACCAGGAGCCCCAGGUGUUCCUGCUGGUUCUGAUGGGCUUCAGUCUGGUCUGGAUGCUCUGGUACCUGCUGUGGGCCAGGAAGCAGCCGGGGGUCAAUCCACAUAAAGACCACCAUGCCGGGGGAGUCACCAUCAUCUUGGUGCUGAUGCUCUUCGCCGUGUUCAGUCUGCUGGUGUUCAUCUGCAGGAUCGGAUAUUUACUCAGUAUGAAGGAGUGUAAACCUGCUGCUCAAGUGCUUUCACCUUUUAUCGAAGCUCCGUUUCUGGCCAUACAGACAUAUUUACUAUGGGCUCACUCCAAAGACUGCAUUCACAGACACAAAAUACUCACCAGGUCUGGGUUGAUGGUGAUGCUGUCAGCUGACCUGCUGCUGUGGUUGAAUGCUGUGACGGAGGACACCAUCCACCAGGAGAUCGAGUUGGAGAAGGAGGAUCACCGCAUCAGCUUCGGAAACGCCAACACAACUGAAAAUACAGAAGACUUCGACUCAGCAGGACUUUCCAACCUGACGCUGUGUCAGUGCAGUGCCAGUGCAGCCUGUCUCACCUUCAGGAAAGGCUAUGAGAUCCUUUACCCCUUCAACAUCGAGUACUACCUGAUGGCCGGCUGCAUGAUCUACGUCAUGUGGAAGAACGUGGGCCGCAGGAUGAGCCCAGGUCAUCACCACCACCACGUAGACCAGAAGCUCACCCUCCGUAUCGUCUACCGAGGUGGGAUCAUUUACGGCCUUGUGUCUGGAGUUCUGGUCCUCGUUGCCGGGGUGACCAUCUUCAUCCUCUACCAGGUGUGGGUGAGCCAACCCCAGCUCCGCCUCAUGGCCUUCCUUUUAUUCUACGGGUACCACCUGGCCGUCAUGCCUGUCAUGUCUCUGUGCUCGCUGGUUGGUCUGCUGGUCCACAGACUGGAGAGGAGGGCCCACGAGGGGGACCACAACCCCACUCGGAGCCUGGAUGUGAUCCUCCUGGUGGCAGCAGCUCUGGGUCAGCUGGCCCUGUCAUACUUCUCUCUGGUGGCGGCCCUGGCUGUGGGGACCAGGGGGACUCUGGGAGACCUGGACCUGUCCUACUCCCUCCUCAGUCUACUAGAGCUCAUCCUCCAGAACAUCUUCAUCAUCGAAGGCCUCCACAGACACCCCAGUCUACUGGCCAAGAAGAAGGAGAAGCAGCGGAGCAGCAUAUUCAAGUUUAAGAAAAAGGCCUCCACUGCAUCACACGAGGAGAGGAAGGCAAAUAUCACACUGAUGGAGGGAAACACAGCACCUCCUCCUGCCCAAGAGCAUGAUGGGAAAAAGUCUUGGACCAAGACAGUGAUACAGGAAAUCUGCGCUUUCCUCAUCCUCUCAAACAUUAUGCUGUGGGUCAUCCCUGCGUUUGGAGUCCACCCUCAGUUCGAGAACGGCCUGGGGAAACAGUUUUUUGGCUUCACUGUGUGGUUUGUCCUGGUCAACCUGGGCCAGCCGCUCAGUGUUUUCUACAGGAUGCACUCAGUAGGAGCUCUGAUGGAGCUGCUGCUGUCGGCAUGACGACCAGAGGCCGACCAGCAAAGACUGAAGUAGAAAAACACUGUAGAUACAACCUAGAAACACUUAUUCAGAUCAUAAACACAUAAUAACUCACAUUGUCACAUGAAUGUAUGUUCCAUCCAACCUCUGUAAAUGUUAAAAAUGUUACUGAUCCUUGUUUUGGUUGAAACACAAUAAAUGAUGAUGAUCCAAAGAGUAGUUUCAGUAGUUUUUGGUAUUUAAACAAACUCUUGGACAAAUACCAGAGUGAAUAAUCAGUUUAGAAUGUUCAACACAAUUAACACAGUCCAUUCAUUUAUUUUUGUCAAUAAAAUAUGACCAUUUUUACA